CACGCGUCAGUCCGAGGCGACCUCCGCCCUCCCGGCGCAGCUCCCGGCGGGCGCGUAGGAGUCACAGCCAUGGCGGCCUCGCUUCUGCUGCGGCAAGGACGGGCCAGGGCGCUGAAGACGGUGCUCCUAGAAGGAGGAGUAUUUCGCGGACUCGCUCCUGCAGUUUCUCUCUCUGCAGAAUCAGGAAGGAAUGAAAAGGAACGGCCACCGAAUCCCAAGAAGCAAAGUCCACCAAAAAAUGUAGUGGCGGCACAGGAGGGGGGCACGCCGCUGGCCACCCCGGCAGCCCCUGAACUGUCCCAGCUGCUGUCCUCACCCACGUCCCCCCCAGCGGCUGCGAGGCCAGGUGGGACGCUCGCUCCCCCCAACCCCAGUGACAGCACACUGUUCACGGACCGAGGGCGUCCCAGGUUCCCGUCGAGAAAGACUUUGGUAGAGUUUCCUCGGAAAGUCGUGUCUCCGUUCAGCCAGCAGGGCUCGGAUUCAGCAACCACGCAGGCGAGCAGGGGCCGGGCAGGGGACGCGACCUCUUCCUCCUCGUCCUCCAGCUCCUCGGACUCCGAGUCCGACGACGAGGAGGGUGACGGCUCGGAAGCUGUUCGUCCAGUUAAGAGCACAAGCCCGGGAGGGUCUCCCAAAGCAGAGGCCCCCCGCUCCUCGGCAGGGGGAGCCCCCCAAACAGGCGUCCCAGCAGAAGCGAGGCCAGGCCCCCAGCAGCCACAUCCAGACCUCGCCGCUGCAGAGAGGCCCCGCCAGGCCAAGGGGAAGGGGGGCUCUGGAGCACCGGAGGACAGAAGGGCCCCCAAACCCACAGCACCCGGGUCACGAGGAGGCCCAGGGGCCGCCAGGCAAAGUGAGAAGCCAUCGCAGAAAAUACCCAGAUCAGAGGAAGCAGAUGCCAAAAGCCAGAAGCCACCUGAAGUUAAAACAAGCUUACCUGACCCCACAAAAUCAGGAUUAUCCACAGCCCCCAGGGGCGGCCCAGCAUCCGCGGAGCCGGCAGCAACCCUGGCGGGGGCCCGGCUGCCGGCCACUCCUCUCGAGACUGGAGAGGGCCCUCUUGGGGAGCGGGUCCCGGAGCCUGGCGGGCAGGUGGCCUCUCCCCUCUUCAGCAGAGCGCCCUUGGGAAGGCAGGCGGCAGAGGGCGUCGCGGAGGCCAAGGGAGAGCUUCUGGAAGGUCGGCCUCUUGUACAGGGUCCGAAGGCCGUCCCUGACGGGCAGGACGAGGGCGCUGAGAAGAGGGCGCUGAGGCCCGAGGAGGAGGCUGGCAUCACUGGAGACGCAGCACCCGGGACGGCAGGCCGGGACGCCACACAGGAGCCCACGCCAGCUGCCGUGGCCGCCGAGCCAUUCGACAACAGCACGUACAGGAACCUGCAGCAUCAUGAGUACAGCACGUACACCUUCCUUGACCUGAACGUGGAGCUCUCCAAGUUCCGCAUGCCUCAGCCCUCCUCGGGACGGCAGUCCCCCCGCCACUGAGCACCCGGCCUAGGGUCUCCUCUCCUGCCGUCCAGCAUCCUUGCCUGGGACAAUAAAAUCUGCACAGCAGUCA